AUGCCAUCCUGCAACUGUCGCUGUGGGAAAAAAAAAACAUCCCGGGAAAUCCUCUGCCAACCAGACCAAUACCGGAUACAUAUCCUAAUCGCCGAUCAGCCAGCAUCAGAUCUGCACCGCUCAAAGCCUGUCCCAAAAAAGCGCUGAUUAUUGCGAUCGCUUGGACACCGAUGCUCUGCAUUCCCGUUUUUCUUUCCAGGCGCAUUCUCGCUACUCUGGAAAUUCGCAUACUUGUCAAAUGUCGCUUCCGCGGUUAUCGCAGGGCAUCGAUGCCGCCGGGAUCAAGCGGUUCCCCACAAUCGGCCAGGUGUUCAACUCGCUGAAGCACAAAAAGCAGCGCCUCUCGGAGCUCGACCACGAGCACGUAGUGCUAUCAAUGGCGUGCGGCGCCGUAGAAAAGCACGGGACAAAGUCCGAUGAUACCGAGGGCCUGCUGUGUAUGCCCAUAAAAGAUAUCGCCGACAAUCUAACGGUGCGUGCAGGCGAGGAUCUGGCGCCGGUCACUCCGCUUGCAAUCAAGCAGAUGGUAGCAGCUGAUCCGUGGGUGCGCAGCGCCGUGUGCACAGAGCAAGGCCAUAUGCAGGUGCGGCAGGGUGUGCGCGAGGAGCUAGAUGCCCAUUACAAUAAGCGGAAGCAGGCAAUGUUUGCAAAAUACCUGCCGGUGUUCGACAGUGUGCGGAAUACGCCGCUGGGCGCGAGCAAGGCGAAUGAGCAGCAGCUCCAGAAUGAAAUCCGCCAGCUGGUGGUUGAGCGGGAGCCAUGCAAGGAGAACCAGGAGACUGUGGAUAAAAUCGUCAAGACCGUCGGAUUGGUUGGCCGGAGAGUAAUGGAGGGCGCCCGGGUCAAUGCCGAGCUGUUCGGGUCGCGCCGGUACAACCUGGCCACCAACACCAGCGAUGUCGACAUUAUGCUGUCGGUGCGUGUGCCGAGCCAGGACGCCGAAGUCAACCAUGCAAAGUUCUUUUCCCGGUUCGCCAAGCGGCUGCGCAAUACACCUGGGUUCCGCGUGCAGGCAAUGAUCACGCAUGCGCGCGUGCCGAUAGUCAAGUUUCAGUUCCGGUCGCGCCGCGGCGGCUGCUUCCAGGGCGACAUUUCGCUGAACUCUAGCAUGGGCCUGUCCAAGAGCCGCAUGAUCGAGACAUAUGUCAACAUGGACGGCCGCGUAAAGGACGUGAUGAGCGUGGUUAGGGCGUGGGCUGAGGCCCGCAACAUUACAUGCUCACACUGCCUCAACUCGUAUGCCCUCUCCAUGAUGAUACUGGCAUUCCUGAUCGGCCGCCGGGUGGUCCCGCCGCUGCAGCUGACCAAAACCCACCAGUUCACGCGCUCCGGGUGGCGGCGACUCGAGGAGAUCCAGCACAACCCGGACCUGAUCCGUGAUCUCUACGACAACACGAUCUCGGGCGGCCGGGGCGCCGUGAUCAACUGCAUUGAGACUGGCGAGCCGCUCCCGGACUGGCGCGUCGACGGCACGCGCGCGUACUUCAUGGGCACCCAGACUAGCCAGCAGUGGGUAUCGCCAAACAAGCACUCGUCGGCCACGCUCGUCUACGAGUUCUUCCGCUACUACGGCUUUGAUUUCGACCCGAUGCAGCACGCCGUGUCAGUGCGCCUGGGGUCGCCCGAGAUCCCGCGCAUGUCGCUCUACGAGCUGCAGGCGCCCGAGCCCUCCAUGUACAUAACUCUGCCGACGCAGUGGCGCCAGGACCUGCGUCUUCUAGCCAUUGAGGAUCCGUUCGAGGUCGAGCAUAACUGCGCCCGCCUGGCGCCCGCCGAGUGGACCGAGGGGUUCCUCUGGGAGAUGCGUCGGGCUGCCUGGGCAUUGCUGCCUGGGCGGGGUGUCGGCCUGCAGCGUCUGCUAGCGCCGCCCUCCGUGAACGUCUUCCGCGAUGCCUCGGUGUGGGCCAGCGCCUACCAUCGCCUGUUCCCUGUCAUCCAGAACCUGCUUGGCGAGCAGGUGUUCAGCAAGAGCGAGCUUGCAGUGCCAGGCAGGGUGAUCGACCUAGAAGAACAUGAAAAUAGCGACAAAUAGAUG